UGGACAUUUAUGAAAAUGAGUCUAUGUAUCGGGUACAAACUUAUCGCAUGUACUAAAUAUUAUCUGAAGUUACACUUGAUUGCGAUAUAUUACAUACGUGCAUAUAAACGAAAUUUGUAGUAAACAAACCAAAAUUAAAUUCUCGGGUGUUGAAACAACUCAGGGUUAGGGUUAGGGAAAAUGUAUGUGGCAUUAUACAUAUACGGAAUAGUGUUCGCCUGUUACGCGGGGUCGGCGCUGGGAUUUAUUCUGUCGGAUCCUUGGAGCUAUGGACCGGAAAUGAAGGCUCAUACACCGGAAGGGGUUCGACUUCCGGUGGAAAUGUAUUACGAAUUUCAGACCUUGGACCAUUUUGAUGGAGGCGACUUCAAGUAUUGGCGACAGCGUUACUUCGUUAACAACGCUACGUACCGCCCGGACGGGCCUUUGUUCUUGAUGCUGCACGGGCAAUCUGCAGCAAACCCAGUGUGGAUGGUUACGGGCGCGUGGCACGAGUAUGCACGGCAACAUGGCGCCCUCAUGGUGAUGCUCGAGCACAGGUUCUUUGGCGAGAGUCAACCUACCGAUAACGUUACUAGCGAAAGUCUGCGAUUCCUGAGUUCACGACAGGCCUUAGCCGACGUGGCAUCCUUCGUGGACUACAUCAAGGAAUUCUACAUGUACCAUCUCAAGGGCAGCAAAGUCAUCGUGUUCGGUGGCGGAUACGCCGGUUCCCUAGCGGUGUGGAUGCGAUCCAAGUACCCGUACGUGGUGGAUGGUGCUGUGGCCUCAAGCCCGCCCCUGACUGCGAUCAUGGACUUUGCGGAUUACUACGUCGGUGUGGCCAACAGCCUUUCUUCUGUGAGCCCAGCCUGCCGGGCGAACAUUAAGACGGCUACAGACACGAUGUUCGAGUGGUACGGUCAGCCAGAAAAACGCUCAAUCAUGAACAACAUAUUUAGACUGUGUGAGAAGAUCAACCACGGCAGCCUGAUGGAUCUCACCAUGUUCUUCUGGCGAUUUGCUGAGAACUUCGCUCGUGUUGUUCAGUAUAACAAGCUUGACCUCUCGUUCAUGGGUAUUACGAACAAUAACGUCACGAUGGAUGACGUAUGCGCCAUUAUGACGGAUGAGUCACUAGGCGACCCGGUUCACCGAUACGCUGCGGUGAACUCGUUGCUUCUGGACACGGACGGGCGACAGUGUACCAACAUCAAGUACCCACAGCUUGUGCAAUCCCUCAACCAAACCACAUGGGGCAGCUGGUCCGCCAUGGGAGGUCGACAGCGCUUGUACCAACAAUGUUCAGAGUUCGGAUGGUCUCGGAGUUCAUGGACUAACAAAGUGUUUAACCCGUGGUUCGCCUUUCCGUUCAAUUUUACAACAGACCAAUGCAUCGAUGCUUUCCAACAGAUAUUCGGCGGAGAGCAAGUGACCGACAACUGUGCGGAGACGAACCGUUACUAUGGCGGUCUUAACCUUCCUGUCUCCAAUGUGGUGAUUGUGAACGGCGCUGUGGAUCCCUGGCACCGCAUCAGCGCCACCGGGCAGCUACCCAACGCUAGCGGAGACUACGAGGUCAUUCUUCUCGAAAGUACAUCCCACUGUGCUGACAUGCUUCCCCCGAUGUCCACGGACCCGCAAGAACUCACAGAGGCCCGUCUGCGGAUCUCCAAACAUAUUGCCACCUGGCUUGGUUAGCGUCGCUACAUUAUAUAACUGUGCGGACUGUCAUAACAUGAAACAAGUUAUUGAAUUGUUCAUUUAACUACUAGUAUAUCUAUAUUAUAUUAGGUCAUUAUGAACACUUUUGACAUAUAUAAUGCCAAUUGUAAUUAUGUGAACUGUUGAAACUAUUUGGAAUCAUGAGUUAAUUCAGUUGUUUCGACCCGUAUUGAUUAUAUUGGAUAGGUAGGCAGUGGAUCGUGUACGUUGAAGACUUGCAAAAAACAAUGAAAUAUUUCUUUGCGUCAUAUUUUUUUCUUCAUAAAUUAAACUUAUUUGACAUCAUAUUUGCUCACGAGCGCGUUCGUAUUGUCUCUGCAACAUACUGCACAAUGUGCAAGACUGAUUGAACAUUUCGUAUACCAUUAGAGUUACGGAGAAACAAUCACGCUGGCUUUUCUCUUAAUAACCUUUCGAUUUAAUAUGCCAUGUUCGCGUUUACCUGUCCGCACAAACGUACGUAUGUGCAUUUGUCGGUAUGUACUAACCAAUGACCAAUAUCGGGGUUACAGCUCGUUCGACUUGUGACACAACUCAGUCGUGGAUAUCUCGUCGUUGUUCAAUGUUGUUUUUGUUGUGUGUGCCGGAAACUUGUAUGCGACAGAACAAUAAACGAUUAAUAGAUGAAUA